CACUGUGCAGCAAAGUGCGCGGCGGAACGAGAACAUGGCGCUUGGAGUGAACGUGAAACGUCAUUUUCCACUGCGGAAAAUCGACGAUGUCGUCGAAUUUUUCCGAAGCCAGCUGGAAAACAACGACGAACCAGACCUGGCACUCCUUUCUAUCGUCACAGGGAACAUCGAAAACUCAAUGACAUCUCACCGUAGCCACAAUGUCGACGAUUUAAGUGACAUCAAGUGCAGCUUCCCCGAAGUUGGGUUCGGUCCCAUAGAAGCGCUGUACGUCAAGUUUGUUUGUCAAAUAAAGGGUUCCAUCGACUUAACCCUGCUGGAAAAUGCUGGACCAACCGGAUCCAGAGAGCUGGUGAAGCGAGUGUCCGAUGUUAUUUGGUCGUCGUUGACAAGAAGUUAUUACAAAGACCGGCCUCAUCUUCAGUCACUGUUUAGCUACCUUACCGGGAACAAGUUAGAUUGCUUUGGUGUGGCGUUUGCUGUGGUUGCUGCCUGCCAGGUCUUGGGUUUUCAUGAUGUCCAUCUUGCUCUCUCUGAGGAUCAUGCUUGGGUGACUUUUGGAGAAGAUGGCUGUGAAACUGCUGAGGUCACCUGGCAUGGCAAGGGCAACGAAGACAGGCGUGGUGAACCCAUACCAUGCGAGAAGAGUUGGCUCUACCUCAACGGGAACGCGGUCCAGUGCAGCCGUCCUACGGAGGUGGCCGCGCUCGUGUCCGCCAUCAACCCUUCCAUUGCCCCGACUACGGAUAGCAACCAACUUAUUUGCUUACAGCAGCAACUCCUGUGGCUCCUGUAUGACAAAGGUCACCUGCGCAAUUACCCCAUGGCCUUGGGGAACCUGGGGGAACUGGAGGGUCUGUUCCCAACCCCAGGGCGUCCCCCCCCAAAGGACUUGUUUGCCGAAGCGAUCCACGCGGCUCGCACUUAUUACUGCAACAUGCACGUCUAUCCGUACACGUACUUGGGCAGCUUUCUGUACCGCUCUGGGUACCUGCCCGAAGCCCUCAAGGCGUGGGCAGAUGCAGCGGAUGUCAUACGCAAAUUCAAUUACGGCCGAGAGGAUGAGGAAAUCUACAAGGAAUUCAUGGAAAUUGCCAAUGACUUGAUACCUCAAGUGGUAAAGCUGAGCAGCGCAGGAGACGGAACGUUACUCCGCGAUGCCCAUUGCUUCGCGCACCUCUUGCGUUUUUAUGACGGACUUUGUGCUUGGGAAGAGGGGUCGGCAACCCCCGUGCUGCACAUUGGUUGGGCCCGACCCCUAGUGCAUACCAUUGCAAAAUUUCCAGCCUCGGUCCGUGCGUCUGCUACAGUGCUCACUAGUGAGGAUGAGGAAGAAGGUAGAGCAGAGGACACUCCCAAGAAGAGUUGUCAUCUUACUCAUAAAAGCUUGGCUUUCCAAGACGCGAAUGUGGCAGCGAAAGAGGACUUCCUCCGCAGCCUGGAGUCCCAGCUGGGACAAAGUGGAGCCCCUCCGCGGCCCGACAUUGCAGCAUUGGCUGCCGCGUGUGCAGACAACAUCCUCAACCCGGGUUAUCUUCUUUGCGGAGGGCAACCCUUUACCAUUGAUCCUCAGAGUCCAAAAGGAGACGACUCCUCCGUGCCGGACCUGUUUGGCAUCAAGUCCAACGGCCACUCGAGCCCCGAGCCUUUUUUCCCUCUCUCUGAGCCUAAAAAGGUGCAACAACCCGACACUAAGCAAAAGGAGGUUGUGUCCGUGACGCUGACCAGUCAGAAGAUGGCGGGACUGAAGGACCUGCUCCUGUCAGAGAAACUCAACGCCUCAGCCAUCCAACUGCAGCUGACCGCGCAGUCGCAGGUGCAGGUAGUGAAACGUACGGGGCCUCACCUCUCGCGACACACCAAGCGCAGCCGUAGGGAGUAGUCGCGCCCUUGUCAAUGUAUUUCGACCGUUUUAUUUUUUUCUCUCAUUCAGAUUGUCAUUGCGUGUCUGAGUUUGUGGCGUCAAGUGGCCACGGGGUGUGUAGCCACCUGACAAGUUAUUCUGUCGUCUGUGAGCUGUUCUAGUAUGCAUUUUAGCCUUAGCCAUACGUGACCCUGUAGUAUGAAAACGGGCGUUUUCCAGCUACUACCAGUGUCGUACAUUCCAUUGGGGCUGUGUGUUUUGAGGCCAUAUGUACAGGGUUCGCCAAGAUAAACUUUGGGGUUUGUCACAAAGAUUAAACAAAU